AGAGAUUUAACAUUAUAUCACCUCCCACGUUCUACUCUUCAUAGUACUCUAUUUGGUAUAGUUUUAUACGGAAGUGGUAUAAAUUGUUUAUUGGCAUUAGUUAUAGGUUAUUUACAUGAGCCCAGCUGCAGCACCAACAUAGCAGCAGACACGCCAAGCGGGAGGCAGCUGUCAGUGACGUGGCCGAGCAACGCCUGCGCGGCCGCCCUGGACGUGGCACUUCUGACUUGUCAACUUUUGCCUUGCUCCGGCUUCUUCGUCCUCUAAUCAGACCACCACGCCCGGCCGGGUGAGGGAGCAAUGCUGCCAGCUCAGGGCCCCAGACCCAUGGCCCCACCACACAUGCAAGGUGGAAUGAAGCCUGGCAUGCCUCCCAUGAGGCCCCCUGGACCUGGGCCAGCUCCCACCAUGGUUGGGCUCAACCAACAGAUGGGGGGCAUGAACCUUGGCAUGCCAUCAGGACCCAGUCAGAUCAAGCCACCUCAAGGGCCAGUUGCCAAUGGGUACCCUUACACUGACCUUCAGAAUGGCCCACCUCCUGGUCCACCAUCUGGACCACCAAGCAAUCUGCCAUCUGGACCACCAGGUGGUCCACCAUCUGGUCCUCCCACACGACUUCAACCAGGACCCCCCAUGAGGCCUCCUGGACCUCCUGGGUCACAUGGACCACCUGGUCCUCAGCCUCCGCCUUCCUCCACUCCAGGUGUUUCACAUCCUAAUUCCACUUCACCUGCAGUGACAUCCCAGCCAACACAAGGACAGCCCCCCAAGCAGCCUGACCUUUCUACAUUUAUGGGAGGACCUCCGGUACAAUCUGGUCCUCCAGGACCUCCAGGACUCCCUCCUUCAUCCAUGGCAGGACCCCCAGGUCAGCCUAGCCUUUCUCUUCCUUCCAUGGGAGGACCCCCAAGUCAGCCUGGUCCCCCAGGACAGCCUGGCCUUUCUCCUUCAAUAGGAGGGCCUCCAGGUCAGUCUGGUCCCCAAAAUCCUCCAAACCAGCCUGGUUUCCCACCCUCUUCAAUGGCAGGGCCUCCUGGUCAGCCUGGCCUCCCUCCAUCCUCAAUGGCAGGGCUGCCAGGCCAGCCCAGCAUUCCUCCUCCUUCCAUGGGAGGCUCUCAAAGACAGCCUGGACCCCAAGGGCCUCCAGGCCAGCCAGGUCUUCUGGCAAGACCACCAGGCCAGCCUAGCCUUCCUCCUGGCCAUCCUGGCCUUUCAUCCAUGGCAGGACCUCCUGGCCAGCCUGGCCUUCCUCCUUCAUCCAUGACAGGACCUCCUGGCCAGCCUGGCUUUCCUCCUUCAGGGGCAAGAUUCCCAGGCCCAUCCAAUCUUCCUCCUAUGGCAAGCUCCCAGCUUGGACCUCCACCACCAGCAAGCCAGCCUGGCCUCCCUCCCUCUUCCAUGGCAGGACCUCCUGGCCUCCCACCCACCUCCAUGGCUGGACCUCCUGGCCAUCCUCCCACCUCCAUGGCUGGACCUCCUAGCCAGCCAGGUUUUGCUCCCUCCUCCAUGGCUGGCCCUCCAGUUUAUCCUCAGCCCCCUGCAUCAGGGCAGUCACAACCACCAAGACCUGGAAUACCACCAGGCCCAGGCAUGCCACCAGGUCAAGGAAUGCCUCCUAGACCAGAACCAGGCAUGCCACAAAGGCCAGGCAUAAUGCCACCAGGCCCAGGCAUGGCAGCAGGACAAGGGGUGCCACCUCAACCAGGCAUGCCCCCAAGACCUGGCAUGAUGCCACCAGGGCCAGGUGUUCCCCCAGGACCAAAUUCACCCCAAGGCAACAAGCCUGGCAUGCCCCCAGGUCAAGGUGGUGCUCCAGUCAAUGGCAUGGGAGGCAGCAUGCAAAACCGAUACCCAGGAGCUGGUGGGAUGAGUGGACCUGCAUACCCUCAGGGUCAGAGUCGCCGCCUGAACCCUGACGACAUGCCCAGCCCCCUGCAGGUGAUGGAGGAGGACAGGCAGUGUCGCAGUGGCGAGUUCAUCACCAACAUGAAGGGACAAGUGCCGCCACUGGUGACCACAGAGUUCACCGUGAGGGAUGGCGGCAAUGCCUCCCCUUACCACUUGCGAUCCACCAUGUACAGUGUGCCCCACACCCCGGAGAUGAUGAAGCAAACACAUGUGCCCUUUGGCCUGGUAAUCAGCCCCAUGGCUGAGGGAUCUGGCCAGGACAGUCCAUUGUAUGUGGGCACCAGUUUGGAGAAUGGACCUGUCAGGUGCAACCGCUGCAAGGCCUACAUGAGUCCACUGAUGCAGUUCAUGGAUGGUGGUCGCAAGUAUCAGUGCAAACUGUGUCGAGGUGUGGUAGAAGUGCCAAAGGAAUACUUCUGCCAUAUGGAUGGCCAGGGCUCUCGGGCAGACAAGUUCCAGCGGCCUGAGUUGUGCUGUGGCUCAUAUGAGUUCAUUGCCACUGCAGAGUAUUGUAGGGAUAAGAUGCUGCCUAAAGAGCCAGCUUUCAUCUUUGUGAUAGAGAUGAGUCAGUUGAUGAUGCAGCGUGGGGUGAUUCCUCUCCUUUGUCAAAACAUGAAGGACAUCCUAGAGCAGCUGCCCCGUGACACUACCAACGGCUCUCCUGCUCCACAAUCCACCAUGCGGGUUGGCUUCAUCACAUACCAGUCUGAUGUUCAUUUCUACAAGAUGGACGGACAGGCACCAGAAAUGUGUGUGGUUUGUGACCGUGAGGGCAUGUUUGUGCCGGUUCCCAGUGGGGUGCUGUGUGACCCCCGAGAGGCUGCCCAGAACAUUGAAAAGCUAAUGGAAAGCAUCCCAGAAAACUUCAAGGGCACCCGAGAAACUUCAGGAGCCUUGGCUUGUGCCGUGAGGGCUGGCAUGGAGGCCCUCAAGGCAGCAGGCAGGGUGGGCAAAUUGUUUGUGUUCCACUCCUCCCUACCAAUGGCUGGGAAUGGCAGUCUCAAGAUGAGAGAGGACAGAAAGUUACUUGGAACUGAUAAGGAGAAGAGCAUGCUAACCCCUCAGACAUUUUUCUACAACAACCUGGGUCAGGAUCUAGUGGCAUCCGGCUGCUCUGUUGACAUGUACAUGUUCAACGACACCUACGUGGACCUGGCCACCAUCGGACAGGUGCCCCGACUCACUGGAGGUCAGUGCUACAAAUACGCUUACUUCCAGUCCAAUAAAGAUGGGCCAAGGCUACUGCAGGACCUGAAGCUCAAUGUCGGACGGGAAAUUGCAUUUGAUGCCAUCAUGAGAGUGCGCACCUCACAGGGGGUGAGGCCGGUGGAAUUCUUUGGCCACUUCUUCAUGUCAAACACUACAGAUGUGGAGUUGGCCAGUGUUGAUGCCAGCAAGGCCAUCGCCAUCGAGGUGAAACAUGAUGACAAGCUCACUGAGGAGGACGGGGUGUACAUUCAGGCAGCUCUUCUGUAUACCUCCUGUGGUGGUCAGAGGCGUCUGCGCAUCUUCAACUUGGCUCUCACCAUAUGCAAUCAGAUGGCAGAUCUCUUCAAGAACUGCGAGCUGGAUACUUUAAUGAACUUCUUCGGCAAACAGUCUGUUCUAAGACUGCUGGAGAACAAUGCCAAACAGGUUAAGGAGAAUUUGAUAGCCCGGACAGCCAACAUACUGGCCUGUUACCGCAAGAAUUGUGCCUCUCCCUCAUCGCCUGGCCAGCUUAUCCUGCCUGAGGCCAUGAAGCUGUUGCCAUUGUACAUAAACUGCUUGAGUAAGAGUGAUGCCAUCAGUGGAGGCCAAGACCUCACAUGUGACGAACGUUCGUGGCAAAUGUACCUCCUCUGUACUGCCCCUGUGGACUCCUCAAUGGUGUACUUCUAUCCAAGAUUACUGCCACUCUCAGAUGUAGACCCACAGAGCACAGGGCUGCCUGCUCCACUGCGCACGUCAUAUGACAAGCUGCACCCUGAAGGCGUCUUCUUGUUGGAGAAUGGAUUGCAAAUGUUUGUGUGGGUUGGCUCCAACACUCCUUCCUCCUGGCUGGGAGAUGUGUUCGGUGUGGCUGCUCCACACCAGCUGGAUCCAGUGAUGGCCGAGCUGCCCGAGAGAGACAACGCAACCUCCAGGCGGGUCAGAGAUAUCGUGGCCACAAUACGGAGCCAAAGGAAGAAACAUGUGAGGAUGUUUGUAGUCCCCCAGCAAGGCAAGCACGAGAUGGUGAUGAGAAAUUAUCUGGUGGAAGACAAGGGUUUGUAUGGCACUCCUAGUUAUGUUGAUUUCCUCUGUCACGUCCACAAGGAGAUUCGUGCACUGCUGUCAUGAGACACGUGGCAGCACUACCCAUGGAUCACCACCACCUCUCCCUCCUCCCCUUGUACUGCAGGACUGUCUAUGGUUGCCACCUCUUCCAGAAGCCCUUCCUUUUCUACUGCUUGCAAAACCUUACCUACCAUGCCCUCUGCGUUCUCUUCAUCUCCCAGUAACUGUAGUCCCACAGUAACUGCCAGAACAACCUCUCGCUGCACACGUCGACUCCCUUACCAGCUUUUUGCAGAAGCGCCCUGCACCCCAAAUACUCAGCAAGAAUGUAGGACCAGUGUUACAUAUCCUAAAGUGGCUUCUACACUGCAAAACUGGCACUAGAGGGCUCAGCCACUGCUUUGUUGGCCAAGUCUGCUAUGCAAGUUGUAUUGUUGGUCAGGCCUGCUGAAAUGUUAGGACCUAAGACAACAGUAUAGAGCCAGUCAUUCCCAGAAGUGCUGUAACAAGGUGCAUAACAUGGGUAGCUGCUGCUACUACUGCCGCUGUUAUUACUGUGGAUUAUUUCUGACACAUGCUCAGACCAGAAGAUGGCUACAGGGAUUCAUCAGCUUUAAGAUGUUCAUUUUUCCUGUCAUUAGUCUCCCACAGACUAGUCCAGAAAACUCCUUCUUAAUGCACCCAUCUAGUGUGAACACUAGAUUUGCUAUGUUAUGCAAGAAGGACCUGUUGUGAGCUGGAGAAAAGUUAAAAUGAACAGCUUAAAUCAGUCUUAUUGUUGUAUAUAGACAUUUUGAUACUUGUUAAUGCUGGAGCAAGAGAGGAUCAGGGGUCACGUUGGGUGCCCUUGUGAUCUAUUUAAUUAAGGAGGAGAAGAGUUUAUUUUUUAUGCAGAUUAUUACUUACAGCCUUCCACUUUUCAACUGUAAUGUGAUGAACAAUUAUUUUCCUUGUUGUACGUACAGGUAUUCUGUUUCUGUGUAUCAUACAAUUUAGAGGAAAAAUUAUAUUUAAUUCCUCUGACAUUAAAGUUAUGGGGUGUGGAUGAAAGUUGGACUUCAGUUCAGAAGUGCAUUUUUAAGGCAAAUGUUUUGUGGAUGGAUGCAAUAUAUGUUAUUAUUCUACGUUAUGUUAAUAAAGUAAUAUUGUUAAACUUCCAA